ACAGGCUCUUUCCACUGGAGCUCUAACAGUAAAUAUUUGUGUUUGCUUAGCCGGCUGUAAUGGUGGAUUACUGAAAGGUGCAACAGAGAAACCGAAGGAUUGAGCCGCCGAAAGAAAGCAGUCGAAGUAGACGCCGUCGCCCUCCUCUGUCGGUGAAGAUGGAUGAGUUAAAGCACCAGGUGAUGAUCAACCAGUUUGUGUUGACGGCGGGCUGCGCUGCGGACCAGGCAAAGCAGCUUCUUCAAGCGGCUCAUUGGCAGUUUGAGACCGCACUCAGUGCAUUUUUUCAAGAAACGAACAUCCCGUACGCCCACCAUCAUCAAAUGAUGUGCACUCCAGCAAACACGCCAGCGACACCUCCAAAUUUCCCUGAUGCCCUCACCAUGUUUUCGCGGCUCAAGGCGUCGGAGAGCUUCAACAGCAGCAGUCCCAUUGCCUCCAUGGCCGCCUCACCACCCCCUCAGGCUGUUUGGGCUGCAAACCCCCCCAACUCUAACCAGCAGCAAGGACUAUGGACUCCGGGGCAGCCCCCAUCACAAGUGCCCCCACCUGGCUGGCCGGCAACAGUCACCCCUCAGUCUGCCUCGGAACAGAAGGCCAAUGUCGCCAUGGAGGCGGAGAGAUGAGGCAACCCUCCCAUGGACCCCCAGAAGUGAUGGGGGAUAGGGGUGGGAUUGGGGGGGUUGGUCAGUGGGUGUAGUGGGAGGGGGCAUGGGAGGGGGUAGUUGCAGGGAGCCUUCACUUCACUAAGCAUUAGAGGAAACGGUCGGGGGACCCAAGUACUAAACAAUGUGGACAAAAUGACUAGUAUUCACAAAAAUAGAUUUUUUCCCCCCCUUGCCCCUUCCAGAUAGUGGUGGGGGGGUGAAGAAAAACAAAUAUUGCCAUGGUUCAGCCCAGAAACACUUGCUGUGAAUGUGAAUGUGGAUGUGAUUGGAGGCCCAUCUUUUUUUUCCUUUUUUUUUUUGGGUUUGAUUUUUUUUUGCCCCUUUCUGGAGAUGGGAUGGUGGGCUGCUUAUCUUUGAUCCAGUCGUGCUAAAGGACUUUGGUAUAAGGAUUUGCAUGAAGAAUGACAGCCCUUAAACGCACCUUUUGAUGUAAAACCUUUUUGCAUUUCCAAAUUGCCACUGGACGUUGGGAUUAAAGCCACCAGCUGAAUCUCCUCAACCAAUCACUGAAGACAAAGAAGGCGGGCUACACGACUGCUGCCAGCCAAUCAGAAACAACCUCCCUUUACUGCACCUUUCACUGGUAACCCUGUCAUUUCCAAAUAGCCACUCUGGACGGAGGAAACAUUGUAGUGAUAAAGCCACCUGCUGAAUCUGCUCAUCCAAUCACUGAAAACAAAGGCGGGCCAUGCGACAGCUGUCAGCCAAUCAAGAAUUCUCUCUAUUUACCAGAACUCCAAAAUGCCUGGAUUUUUAAGAGGUGAGGUGGGCAUGGUGGGCACUUAAUUAAUGUUUAAAAAAACAAAAAGAGAGAGACUUUUAAAUUCUUUAAUUUUAGAGCUAAUAACAUUUUUGAAUUUGUUACUUAGAAUGUUGGUUUUAAAGAGCUGUUUUGGGGAAGGGAUGGAAAUCGGCCUAAUAGCCGCUGUCAGAGCAGCGCUCAGAUGCACACACACACACAAUAUGUCUCUUGAUUUUAUAACAUUUUAACAGCAAGAACAACAGAGAACACUUAAGAUAAAAUGAAAAGCAAAAAAAAAACAAAACUUUUUAUCGAAACGCCCCACGUCGUAAUUUUUUGUAAGUUGGCGGGGGGGGGAAGGACGGGCGCAAAUUUCGAAAAGAACAUAUCAAUGAAAAAGUCAAAAUUAUGCAAAUUCAGAGGCGUCCUCUCUCGGGUUUUCUUCUUACUGUUUUUGUUCAGCGUGGUCCACCUUGACGCCCGUUAGGUCUCAUGCCAUGCUAUGGUGGGGUGUUUUCUGCUUUUUUUUUUUUUUUUUUAAAUCUUCUGAUUGCAUCUGUUGUAUUUUCUUCUCAGGCCGUUUACAAAAAAAAUCUUUUUUUUCUUCUUCCUCACCAUUUUUCUUCUAUGUUUAUUUUUUUUUCCUUUCACUACGGUUGUAUUCAUGCCAUUUCCACAAUAUUUGUGGACUACCUGAUAAAUAAUUAACUUAUCUUUUUUUUUUUUUGUGUUUCUAAAUAAAUAUGUUAUGUCCUAA